UCGGGGCAGUGGAGCGACCGUAGCGAAGCAAGUGGGAGCAACACGUCAGUUGCUUGCCGGCAUUCGGCCGAGGCGGUUAGCGCUGAUUGCAGUUGUGGCUAGACUUGCGUCCUCAACACGUCAUCGCGAUUCGAAGUGCCGCUGAAGGCAGGCGACGUCAUAUAGUGGACAGGUCUUGACAUUACGAGUUUAUUGUGUAACAGUGGAUUCUGUAAACGGUGAUAUUUCCUAUAUAUUUGAAACAGAUAUUGUAAUUUUAUUGGUUUACAUGUGUGUGCAAGGAAACUGUUCAAGCCUUUGGAUGCUUCUUGGUAAUGAGAAUGGGAACCGGAAGUAGGGUAGCGGAAACAACGAAGGUAAUUAGUGUGUGGAGAACUGACGGUGCCAAAGCUUGGACCGGAGCCAUACUGCUCACUCUGGCUCUGGGACACGUGACCGGCGCCCACUGGACCCACUCAACGGAUUUGGACCCCAACUACUCAGUGUUCUGGACUCCCGGUGAAGAAGAUAUCACGUUCGAAGUACAAGUACGAACACUGGGAUAUGUCGGCUUCGGUUUCUCGGCGGAUGGGCAGAUGGCAGGAGCUGACAUGGUGACCGGCUGGGUUCGCGACAACCAGGUCUUCUUCCAGGAUCGGCACGCCCUGGAGAGGACCGAGCCAGACGUGGACUCGAGCCAAGACUACGAGCUGCUGCUGGGGUAUGAGAACGGGACCCACACGGUCAUCAGGUUCCGGAGACGGUACGACACUUGCGAUCCGCACGAUUUCAGGAUCACGAAUGACACGAUGAGGGUUCUGUUCUCAUACCACGACACCGAGCCGCCCGGCCAGUACUCCAACGGUCCCCUCCCCUACCACGGCUCAGCACAUCGGGGAGCCCGCAGUCUGUACCUGACGGAGCGGCUCAACAUGGAAGAGACGUCCCCAGAGGAGACAUAUACUUGGGACCUUGUAAACGAAGUGUCAGUGACUAUCCCUGACGAUAAUUUCUACUGGUGUCAAAUAUUCAGGCUCCCACGCAUGAGACGGAAACAUCAUAUGAUUAGGUACGAGCCGCUGUUCCAGGCGCAUCGGCGUGCAUACAUCAGUAAUAUUAUCGUAUAUGAGUGUCAGGGCAGUGAGGAAGAGUUCGGAGUUCAUGCCCGGGACAGGGGACAGUUGUGUUACCAGCCAAACAUGCCGUCCAUUCUCUUCUCCAGCUGCAACAGCGUCAUCAUCGCCUGGGCUGCCGGGGCCAGUGGCUUUACUUUCCCGCCGGAAGCAGGGUACCCUCUGGACCCCGUCCUGGGGCCCAAAUACUUCAUGAUGGAGACGCAUUACAAUAACCCGGCCCAAGACGUCGAUAUCAGAGACACUUCGGGCAUACGUGUUUACUACACAGAAUCAUUGCGACGUCACGACGCCGGGGUGCUCUCUGUGGGGAUGGAUCCUAACUGGCGUCACAUCAUCCCUCCCGGGCAGCCGGAGGUUGUUUCUGAGGGACACUGCAUAUCGGCCUGCACACAGCAGACGGUGCCUCACCGGGGUAUCAAAGUGUUUGCAGUCAUAUUGCAUACUCAUCUCAUCGGUCACAAAGUUCGGCUCCGCCAUCUCAGACGUGGGGAAGAACUUCCAUUUGUAUCCGUGGAUGACAAUUAUGAUUAUAACCACCAGGUUUAUCGACGAUUGAAGAAACCUGUAACAGUUUAUCCGGGUGAUCACCUGAUAGCCCAGUGUGUAUACAACAGCGAGGGACGCACCACAAUCACCCUUGGUGGCCUGACGACACGCGAGGAGAUGUGUCUUGUGUUCGCAAUGUACUACCCUCGGAUUGACCUGUCUCUGUGCCACAGUUUGCCGUCUCUGCCAAGUGUACUGCAUUCUCUAGGCAUUCAGGAACUCUGGCCGGGUUCGAAUCCGGUGCGCAUCAAGUCUCCACCCGAGCUAGCAGACAUGACGCUGGAAAGCCGUCUCGUUACGUAUGACUGGGAAAACCACUUCAGGAGUUUCCAGGAAGCAACCCGCAAAGGCAGCUUCAAGCCUCUCUGCUGGAUGACGAAGCCCACAAUUGUACCAGUAAGUGGAGAUUAUGUGUUUCCAGCGAACCAGAUAUUUUUUGGAAAACUUAGGUAA